ACUCUGUGUGUGAGGUUUUGAUGUACUGGUUAAAAUCGAACUGCUGUGGAAUUUUGAACUGUCGAACUUGGCAAUGGAUGGGAUGGAAACGAAUGAAUGGUUCAGUCUGUCAGAGUGUCAGUGAGUCAGUGUUGUUGUCAGUGAGGGAGGAUUAAGUUUAAUUUUUAAAUGGAUGUUAUUAUUUUUCGGCCUGUGUAAAAUAUUUAUUUUCAUUUUCCAAUGUAGUCGAUUCUUUGUGCUUUUUAACUAGUGUUGUGCUCACAUACAACCAAUUAUUAGUACAUUCUAGUCAUAUCAUAUUUGAACGGCUACUGACAAAGAAUAGGUAGUUAGAUUUUCGUGAGGUUAAAAUAUUGUGAACUCUCAAAAUCCUUUCAAAAUGAUGCAGCAAGUCUUAAAAUCUUUUCCUGAUGAUAAACCAAUUACUUCAAUUUGCGUAGUGGAGGAUCAGUCGAAAUGUCCACCAGGAUUCUAUGUUGUAUCGAAAACCCACGACCAGGACAACGAUGCCGACCUGUGGAAAGAGAACUCAUUCUUUGGCCGCAAAGUGACCAGAUACCUGUGCCUAUCCAAGACUGAAGGCAUAUCUGAUUAUAUAGUGGAAAACUUAGGCGUGAUUGGCGAAAAAGAAAUGCCACCGGAUGGCUAUUGCCUCAUCCCAAAGACAGUCGACUCAGAACAAAAAUGCUGGCGCAAGAGACAGAUUUGCUAUCGAUUGACACGAAAAAAUUUGGCAGCAUCAACAAUCACAGACAUUAUCAUACUCGGCAAGGCUCGAAAAGCACCCGAAGGAUUCUCAUUAGCUGGUGAUGUGAAUGGCAUGGCGCUGUGUUUUAAGACUGGACUUCCUCCGACAUCUUCCUUAUCCUCACCUUCCGGUGCAAUGAAUGGUUAUGGUGCUGGAAUGAAAUUAGGCUACAGCCUGUACCCUGGUAAUGGUGAUGGUCUAUGUUCGCCGCCCGUCGAGAAUGGCUUCAACCAGCACAACAACAAGCCGGCCACAAUGGCACCCGCUCUCCUCUCACUCUCACCCGCCCCCGACUACGAGAACUUGGUGAGGGUGACCCCGACCCGGCCCGCCCCCAAGCCUCCUGCGCCUCCGCCCCCUUCCACCACCUCCAACUACGCGACCAUUGGAAAUUAUCAAGGACUAGAAGGAGUACCUUUCAUGAUAAAUCCUCGGUACAACUUCUCCACGAAUAAAACCACUGCCGAAGUUCCAGUUAUAAAAAGAAGAACGCAGUUUGAGUUGGAAGAAGAGUUUGGAUACGAUUUCAGGCUGGAGAGGCAGUAUGUCAACUCAUAAUGUCAGUCGAUCUUGAAUACAGUGAUAUCAGUAUUGGUGAUCAUUCUAGAAAUAUCCUGAACGGAUCAGAUCUUUCCCCAAUCAAAUAAAAAUUUGAAUGGAAAGCUUGUUAUUAUGUGAAUAUUUAUUCCAUUGCAAAAUGAUUGUAUAUAAUAUCCCAGAGAACAAAGCACAUUAGAUGAAAUUAUUUGAUGCCAUAAAUAAAUUUAAUGGAAGUUUGUUGAUAGAUAAUCUCAAUUUUAUGUAGUAGACCCACUAAAUUAUCUUAGACCGAUAUUCUUAGCCUGAAUUGAUUAGAAUUAGUCUGAAAUUGGAAUUGUAAUAUAGGUACUAUACUUAGAAUACUCACUGAGUUAUUAUUAUUUUGAAGCUCAAUGUUAUUAUUCAUUUAAUAAACAUGUAGAGAGAAUAGAAUUUUCGUAUAAAAGUGUCAUUUGAAAUACAAUACACCGCCUUCAUGAGCUUUUGAUUAGUAUUUAUAAAAUUGUCUUCUUGAACUUGAAUAUUACUUCCAAGUCAAAGUGAGAAUGAAAAAUCUACUGCUCUUAUGUGAUUGCUGCAACCGAGAAAAUGUUCUAUUCAGAAUAAGAUGAUGAAAUAUUGUCCAAUGUUUUGUCAUUUCAAAACAAAUUAUGAAAUAAUCCACAGCUUAAUAUAACAUAUCUAUGAAACGAAAAUUGUUAACCUGGAGAAUCGAUUGAAAUCUGUUUCUGUAAUUUCAUCUCCAAGACUAGCUUGCUUGAGUAAAUUACAAUAGGCAAUACAUUCUCAGAAAUCGUCUGUGAUGUUUCAUUGGACUUUUUUAAGGUGUGGACUGAAUUUUUAGGUUGAUUCUCUUCUAUCUCAAGGCACUAUUUGCUGAAUAUUGAUUGGGAAUUAGGAUGGCUCAUCUCUGUAAUUUGAUUGAUCAUAAUUAUUUUGUAUCGAAGCAUAAGAACCGCUUCAACAUUUCAAAGUUGACUUAAUUAUUCAUGAGUUUUAUACAGACUAUUGACAAUUAUUCCAAUAAUUCAAAUAAUUUUUUUUAGAAAAUAUGACUUUCAGAAAAAAUGUUUUUUCAACAAUGUUUUAAAACCAUUUUAGUUUCAUCUGUCUAGCUUUCUGUAGUUGUAUUGAAGCUGAAGGCUUCUAAUGCUUUUAUAUAAUGUAACUAAAACCUCACAAUGUAUGAAAUUUUGCCAUUAGUUGCCAAAAUAAUAGCUUCCUCAUUAAUAAAAACGUAGGUGCCAAAAGUCCAGUCAUUUUUCAGUAGAAAGUAGAAUUUUGUACGGAGUUUUGUGUAAAGUUGUGUAACUAUUUUGUAAUUAAAUAAUAAUGUAAUCUUCAUUUUUUAGAAAUUCUUCUAUCAAAUUCACUUUGUAGAUUGCACAUAGCUGUAUGAAAAUUGUAAAACUCGGAACCGUAAUGUAAAGAAGUUCAUAGACUUGUAAAGCUAAAGUAAAUCACUCGAAAACGUUUACACCGUUAUACCAUUUAAGAUCUGAUAAUCUAGAUUAAACUGGGGGAUUACUCGCUACCCUAGUUAAUGAAGAUAUCCAUAGUUAUGUCCGUGUCUUUACCUAAAUCUCGACCUAAAUUCGGGCUGUAUUAUAAUUAUUGAUUUUUAGCAAAAAAAAAAAAACCUUGAAAGGUUCUCAAAUGGAUUCAAUUGCCUUCAAUUUGUGGAUAUAAGUACAGGGUGGGGCAGAGCCGACUGACGAGUUUGAAAGGGUUAUAAAUAAUGAACGGAGAAACUUAGAAAAAAAUGGUUUGGUUUAUUGAAUUCAGCUCGAAAAAUAGUUUUUAGUGUUAGUUUUUGAAAAUUAUAUCGGUUAAAUGGCGGCCAUCAGCAGCUAUACACUGAUGUAGCCUAUUUUUGAAAUUUUCAAACGCAUUUUGGCAUAUUGCCACUGGUAAGGCCUGAAUCUCCUCCCUGAUUUUCUCCUUAAGCUCUUCCAAAGUGUGUGGGCGAUGUUUGAAAACCUUUUCUUUGAGGUAGCCCCACAGGAAAAAGUCACAGACACUCAAAUCGGGUGGGCGUGCCGGCCACUUCACGUCCCCCCUCAGAGAGAUAAGUCGCCCUGGGAACAUUUCUCUCAACAAAUCCAUUGAAAUGCGCGCUGUGUGGGCUGUAGCUUCAUCCUGCUGAAACCAUAUUUCCCCCAAGUCUUGUUCCUCAGCAAGUUCUUCCAAUUUGGGUUGCAGAAACGUUUGUAACAUUGUGACAUAACGCUCGGAGGUGACAGUGACGGUGAUGUUGUCAUCUUCGAAGAAGUAUGGCCCUAUCACUCCAAAUUGAGAAACGGCACACCAAACUGUCACUUUUGGUGAAUUAAGUGGUCUUUCAUGAAGUUGUCGAGGGUUAUUUGCUGCCCAGUACCGGAAGUUUUGUGUGUUGACAGCUCCACACAGAUGAAAAUGAGCCUCGUCACUGCAGAAAAGAGUCGCCAUUGCCGGGAUGCGUUAAAGCAUUUCCUUGCAACAAUUUUUGCGGUUCAAAAAAUCGGCGGCAUUUAAUUUUUGCACAAUCAUGAUUUUAUAUGGAUGAAAAAACAAAUGUUCACGAAGAAUCCUCCUAAUUGAACGGCUGGACAUCCCCAAAGCUAUUGCAUGCCUGCGUGCAGAACGCCUCGGUGAUUGCUCGACUGCUGCUCUCACAAUUUCAAUAUUUUCGGGAGUUCUCACUGUUCUUGGUGCGCCAUGUCUUCUUUCUUGUCGUGUACUACCAGUUUACUCGAGUUGACGAACCCACGCUCUGAUAGAGUUCACAGAUGGGACGGGUUUGUGGACAGGAAUGUUAAAAUGUCGUCGAAACGCCCGUUGAACUGCGAUAAUCGAAUGUUGAUUUUCGUAAAAAGCGCGAACAACAUAACCGCGAUGCUCUCCCGUCCAAUUCAUGAUGCACACUAAAAACUAUUCUCCCGGGACUGUACAAUGACGCCCACCGAGCCUGCCUACUCCCACCACAGGCUGAGCAGUGCCCCCUCCAAACUCGUCAGUCGGCUCUGCCCCACCUUGUACAAACAAUGUUCAUAUUGAAGUUCUUGUUAUAGAUACCUAAAAAUCAUAAUUUUACCGAUUGCAAAAAAAGUUCUCUUGCAAUAAUUGCAAGAACACCUUUCUAUAUAAAUUAUUUGUACAUCACAGUAAUCACUUAUAGAAGAACUUUGCAAUAGUUACUUUAUUUGUUCAACUGUUAACGAUUGAUUCAAUCGUUUUGAAGUUUUUCUAUUCUUAUUAAAUUUCUUGCUCAAAAUAUUCGUCCUCCCGCACCAUAUAUUGAAUUGAAUAUUUUAGUUGUUAGUAUGGUGAAUAUUCGAAUAUUAUAGGCUAUGUAGGUUUAGAUUCUAUUCUAGUUCAUAAUAUGUUUCAGUGACGUAAAAUUGUUUAAUUGUCAACGUAAGCAACAAUUCCCUUCUAACCUAUAGCACAGAAGAUAUGUGCUGUCCUUAUGUUUUUAUUCCGUGUCUAUAGGAACGUGGUUGAUUGAUCAAUUCAAUAGAUAUAUUGGUAAUUAGAGUAUAGGCUUACAUCAGCAGCAGUGUUUAUCGAAAAUCAGUGGCCUCACCUACACAUAAGUAUAAUGUUAUAACCUAUUCCUGUUCAUUUUUAUGAUGAUUGUUAAAUUUGUAAGUAUCACAGAUUUAUUGCGAAAUGUUUUAUUGAAUAAUAUUGUUUAUCCAUUAUAGCGGCAGAUUCUGGUUGUGAAAAUGGCGAAUUUAAAAGUCAAUAUAAAAUAAUUUAAAAUAGAAUAAUUAUUGGAGUCACAUAAUAUAGCUUAUCGUUAAUUUUUAAUGGAUGGUAUUUUCUAGUUUGAAAUUGAGCGAAACUACUUUAAACAUUAUUUUCUAAAUUUCUACCUAUCUUUAAUUCUCUACAAGUUAUUUUAUAGAGAAUUUUUCUUGACCUUUGUCAAGAACAGUAAGAUACUCUCAAUAAAAUUAGCUCACAAUUAUUAUUCCUUUUUCAUAAACGUUUGUGUCAUUUUUAUGCAAUAAAAAAUCACGUCCUUCCUGUUUAAUUUGUAUUAAAUCUCACUGCCAAUUAUUUGAUACUUUAUUCUUAUUUUUAAAUAUUUAUUCUGCUUUUGUGUGUUACGUUGAAACAUGUAAUUUUUGAAUAACCAGUAAACGCAAUCUUACGUUUCGUCUUUUGCUGGUCUAUGAACUAUGUAUUACCGUAAAUGUUGUAAUAUCAUUUUAUUCAAUUUAUUUCAUUUUAUCUCUAAUAAUUUGUUAUUGCAAUUAUUGACAGGCAGACAGACAAAAGUUUCUUUAUUUCAAAAAAAAUAAUUUAACAAAAUAAAUCAUGCUGUGCUCAUUCAUUGUCAUACAAAAAAACUUUUAUCAUACAAACUUUGUCAUACAAAAAUAACCAUUGUGUUACAACAUCAUCCUAGAACCAAAAUUACCGUAUAUAAGUAAAAAUAAAUUUUAUGUAAAGUGUCUAAAAUAAAAUGAAAGUAAUGAUUUAAAUUUCAAAUUUAAGUUUAUAAAUCUUAAUGUGGCUUAGGUUUUAAGGAAAACGAUGAGAAACACAAUUAUAUUUAAGGAAAUGAGCACAAUGAAUAAUAUGGAAAUGGUCUGCAUGGGCUAGAUACCUGUGCGCAGACCAGAGUUAUGUUUUUAUAGGGAGAGAAUAUAGUAUCAGAAAAAUUUAGAAUUUAUAAUUUUUUAUGUAUAAUCUUUUCCUGCCUUUCGUUACUAAAUAAGUAAACUUCAAUAAAAGAAUGAAACUGCAGAUAUAGGUUCCCUUCAGCACAAAAAAAUCAUCAGUGUUAGUUUUGAUGGUGACUAUUAUAAUUAGUUGAAAUAAUAUUUUCUGAUUUAUCUAUUCCUAAUUGUAGUAAGAAAAUCUUCAAUUUUAAUUUGAAAUAUGUUUUGGAUAUGUUAUUGAAUGAUAUUUGUUGUGAAAAAUAGGACGUUAAGUUUCGAUAUAGAACAUGACAAAUGUAAAAGGAAUUGGUUUGAGAGAAAGCUUUCUGUAGGGCGAUAGCCGCAAUACCAAUGUUACUAGCAUAUCUUGUAUUGUGAAUAUGUGUCACGGUCCUUAGGAUUUGCAUAUUUGAGUAUAAAUGUAUUAUAGUAUUUUUGAUAAAAAGUUGUCUUAUUGUCAAUACUGAGCUUUCACUGAAAAGAGUGUUGGUUGGGUAAAGAGGGCUCUUUUUGAAUCCUGCCUUCAGAAUGGCCUUCUAGACAAUGAAGAGAGGUUGCAGAGCUGUUUUCAAUGCGCCCCCCAUGCUAUUAUGCCAAACUCUAGAAGGGAUUGAACAUAUGCAAAGUAGGCCAUUUUGAUUUCUCUCCUAUCCAGAAUUUCACUCCUCAUACUAAAGGCAUAUAUGUAUUUUCUGAGUUUUUUCUUCAUGAAGUCAAUAUGAGCGGUCCAUCUCAUUCUAUUAUCAAAAAAACACCCAAGUAUUUAUAUGAAGUAACCAUGUCAAUCUCAGAACAGUCACACACUGUUCCAAGAAAAUUUGUACAAGAGUGAACUUUCAAUCUUGACAAAGUGUAAUCUGUUGCUGGUCUCAGCGAUAUCGGCAUCAAUCUUGUUUUUGCUGUAUUCAUUGAAAGGGUAUUUUGAUCAAGCCACAUUUUAAUAUACAAAAGGUCUUUUUGGGCAUUCGCCUUCACCUCCUCCCAGUUUGAUACUUUUAAAAAAAUUAAUGCAUCGUCUGCAAGCAAGAAUAGUCUACCACUCUGUUCUAAUUUUGACAUAUUGUUAAUAUACCGGGUGCUUCAAAAAAAUGUAUACACACUUUGAACUUCCAUAGAAAAUUUAUUUACCGUUCUACAAAGUUAAAUUUCAGAAAAAUAGAAAGCUGAAAGUCCAAUGUAAAUGAAACAUAAAUAACAAAUGUUAAUUCUGUUCAAAUUGGUGACCUGCAGCAUCAAUACAAUUCUGAGUACGAGUCACCACUGAUUCUGUACAUCGUAUCAAAACGUCCAAUGAGAUUUCUCUACACACUGCUUGAAUCUCAUUCCAAAGAAUGUCUAGGUUACGUGGUUUACGUUUGUACACCUCAUCUUUUACUGUGCCCCACAAUAAGUUUGAAUUGGGCUUCAUCCGACCAAAUGAUGCUACCCAUAAAUCCUGGUUCACGUAUCACCAUCUCCUGAAUCCAUUCACAAAAUUGCAACCUUCGAUCUGGAUCGUCGUCAUUUAGCUGUUGCACCAGCUUUGGAAUGUAAACACGAUACUUGCCUCUCUUCAGAAUGCGUAGCACGCUGCUAGCAUUUACAUCACUUUCACGUGCCCCUUGCCUUGAAGAUUUGUUGACUGCCGUUGAUGACUCAUCACUUGUAGCUGUUCGAGGCCGACCUGAAUGACCUUUAUGCACAUCACACACUGUUCCAUGAACUUCGAAUUUGUCUCGUAAGCGUGUAAUUGUUAAUCUUGAAGGUGGUUCUGUAUCAUACUCCCUUCUCCACUGUCUUUGAACUUCAUUUACAUUCUCAAACUUCCAGUACCACUUAAUAAUCUGCUUACGUUCUUCAAAACUCAAACGUACGUCCGCCAUGUUGAUAUUACAAAUUCCAACUAACAAUAUAACAUAGAGGGACGAUUAUGCUGCCACCUGGUGAAGAAAUAUAACAUUAGCCUUGUAGAGCGGUAAAACUACGAUUGUUUAAAGUGUGUAUACAUUUUUUUGAAGCACCCGGUAUAUUAGGAAAAGAAUAGGGCCUAAUGUGCUUCCCUGAGUUACUCCAUAAUCUACUGCUAUAUUCACACCUCUAAUAUCAGAUAUGGAAACAAACUGUAGUCUAUUUGAUAGAUAACUUUUGAACCAUGUGGUACCUCGUACACCAAUACAUUCCAGUUUAUUCAACAAUUUGUUCCUAUCAACAGAGUCAAAUGCUUUUUUGAGGUCCAAAAAUAUGAGCAUUAGGCGUUGGUUAUCUGUUAUUCCCUCAUCUACGGUAUAUGUUUACAGAUAUCAAACAAAGCAUCUGAUAUACUUUUGUCGCUUCUGAAACCAUACUGACAAUCACAAAAUACGUUAUUAGAUAGUUUAAAAGCUGUUUUUUUACUAUUCUCUCAAGUAUUUUGGAAAAUACGCUCAGCAAAGAUAUAGGUCGGUAGUUAUUUUUGUCAGUUGGGUCACCGGACUUGUAAAGAGGGAAUACUUUGGCCAACUUCAAGAACCCAGGAAAAACACCAGACUGUAGACUAAGAUUAAUCAGAUGGGUAAGUGGUUUGAUAAUAGUUUGUAUGUUGUCUUUUAGGAAGGAAGCAGUUACAUUAUCAUGCCCCGGAGCCGACCCACUUCUAAGAUCACCCACAGCCCAUAAAACAUCAUCCUCUGUCACCUCCCGGAAAACAAAAUUAUUUUCUAAUGUGUAAUGACUAUCAUUAAUUAAUAGAGGCUCUACGGACACUAUUGCAUCGGCCAAGUUCUUACCAACCUCAGAGAAGAAUUCAUUGAAGUCAUCAGCAACAACUCUGAGGACCUCUGGUGUGACAGGAUUAAUUUCCGGCAUAAAUUUGUUAAUUAAAAAUGAAUCCCUACUUGUUUUCCUACCAGCCAAUUCUCCUAUCACUCCCCAGAAUCGUUUAGGAUCGUCUCUAAAUUCUAGAAAUUUAUCUCUGUAAUAAAUAUUCUUGGCUAUUUUUAAAUCUUUGGUUAAUGUUCUCCUGAAAGAAAUAUAUUGGUUUUUCAAUAUGUUAUUAAAUGGUUGUUUCCUCAACUUCCUGCUCAAUUUGUCCCUCACUCUGAUCUUUUGAAUCAAACCUAAAUUUAUCCAUGGCUUAAGUUGCUUAUGCCUAGAUCUGACAAUAAUUCUAUUUUUUAUACUUGAGUCUACAGAAUUCUUUAUUAUUUGGAAAAAAAUUAUUGAACAGUCAUCCAUUUCAAAACAAUUUUCUACUGUAUCCCAAUCAGCGCUUUGGAUAGCCUGUGCAAGCAUUGAUUUAUCAAUGUAAUUGUAAGUUUCAACAACUGUAGAGGGUAUUUUUACCGGAAUUGAAAUAUUCAAUGUCGUACUGAAAUGAUCAGUAAUACUGGUAUGUAAUACGGCUGAGUUGAUUUUAUCCGGUGAACUGUACCGUACAAAAAUAUGGUCAAUGCAUGAGCCGGAGUUCCCCUCGAUUCUAGUGGGUUUAUUCACACAUUGAAUUAGCCCGAAUCCGAUUAGACAGUUCAAAUAUCAGUUUGUAAUCUGGUUGUCUAAAAACAGGUUUAUAUUGACAUCUCCUAACAGAAUACAAUUUUUAUUACUAUUUAAAUUACUAUAAUAAUUUUCCAAGCUGUCCAAGAAUGAGUCGAUAUUACUGUCAAAAGUACGGUAUAGUGCUAAGAGAGAAAAUGAAUUGUUUAAAACCUGAAAAUCUAAAGUUAUUCCAUAAACAUCACCCAACGUUGUCUGGGAAGCUUUAUAGUUAAUUGUAUUAUCAAUGUAGAUAAUCACUCCAUCAUUUUGAUUACGCUGCUUAUCAGUAGCAAUAACAUCGUAACCAUCUAUUGGCAUUACAACCACUUCCUCCCUCAACCAACACUCUGUCAGUAUUAUUAAGUCUAACUUUUUGUUAAUUGAUUGCAAAUACACCAACAAAUCAUCUAGAUUUUUAGAAACACUUCUAAUAUUCGUGCAAAAGUCUUCAAACCCACAUCUGCAGAAUCAUAAAAAGAAGAAAAAUCGACUAAAUGCUCCAAUUCUAAGCAAGUGGGAUUAUUAUUUAAGCUGUCAUCGUCAUCCCUAUCUGUUAAUAAAAGCCUAGCCACUGCUAGAGGAAAAGAAAGAACCCUACCUCGCCCAGCCCAUUCAAAACAAGGAAUGAGAAUCACGGCAACCGAAUCAAGAACAAUAAUGAGAAAAAAUACUUUGAAAAAAAUAAAUGUAAAAAGACUAAUGAAAAAAGAUUAAUUUGUUUUACAGAUGUUCGAUUUAUUACUUUAUCACUCAGAUCAUGUUCACUUUCUUUAGAGUUCAAAUCAAUUCAUUAGUAAUUGCAACAUGACUAAGAGUUUCAAUAAGAUAAUAAGAAAAAAAUAUAUAUUUAAUAAUUGUUACGUGAUGAAAAAAUAAUUUGACUCUUCUAAAAAAUGAAAACAAUCCUCUUGUUAUUACUUAAUACGAUCAGUACUUGGUUGCGGUAUUGUUAAUAUUAUUUACCCUAAUCUUGAUAACCAUUAUUAUUCAAUGUACUGCAUUAUUCAAAUCGGAAGACAAACAAACUCACGAAAACUGAAAUCACCGAAAAUACAGAAACAAUAGAUACAGAUAAUUUUUAACAUGUUUUCCAAUAAGAAAAAAAUUAUUGCUUCAAGUCUAUCGUGUAGGUAUUGCUAUCGAACAUUACAUUUAGCUGGUAAUCAUACUUUAUCUUCCAUGCAUUAAUGAAAUGUAAGAACAGCACAACUAUAACAAUACAGUACUACAAUUUUAAUAUUACUCCUUCUUUCCAGAAAAAAAAUGCUCUCCCUGAAUUCUAUAUAGGCUUAUGUUUUUCUUUGCUAGAUACGAGUUACAUUUUUUUAUGAAUGCUUGAAACCAAAUAUAAUUCAGUCUGCCUCAGCUGCAAUUCUAGAAUCAAAAUUAUGAUAAAAAUUGUUUUUGUCAAUUAGAAAUUGAGGCGAUUGAAAUUUGAUUCUUUCAAAAAUUUAGGAAUAAUUUAUCAUCAAUUAUUAUUAUAUAUAUUUCGAUCAGUACCUAAUUAUUGAUUCUUAUUAAUAUAAUUCACAUUAAGAAGGCAUUAUGGUAUUAAAUUAUUAAGUAUUCAAUUUCAAAUUGAGAUUAAAGACAUUGUAAUGAUAUUGAAUUUCCUAAUUUCAGUUGGAAAUAACUUCUCACUCCCAUUGUUAAUGUAACAAUGAAUCUAAUGAAUUAUUCAAUGAAUAGGCUAGAUACUUUUGUACCAGCCAAUUGUACGAUUAGACUUAACACUCUCCAAAAAAUUGAGCAAAGUAAUGAAGCGUGAGGUAAUGCAAAUUUAUUUCGUUGAGUUCUACAGAAAAAAUCUCAUAAAUCAAUAAAUUUCUAUAACAUGAACCUAAACCUAAAAAUCCUAUCUAACCUUACUGCUGUCCACUUUUUCAAUUCAAGCUAAAGAAUGACAAAACUUUGUAAGCAUUCAUAAACCUCAGCUUGCCAAUUUUAACAUUUGAAUACCUCUUGAUUUAAGUUACUAAUAUAAAAACAUGCUGUAGCCUAAUGCUUUUUAAAUGACUGUUUGGGUUGGUAUCUUCCGGGUAGAUUAAUGGGGAGCGUGAUAAAUAAUUACUAUAUUUAGAGAACUGGAAAUUGUGCUGAAAUUUUAUCAUUGCUCAUUUAUAAAUGACCAUUAGAUAUUUUUUCUUGUCUUAUUUAUUCGUAAACCUAUUUGAAAUGCUGAACCCAAUUAUAAAUCUCACCAAUCUUUUAUUUCAAGUACAGUAGCCUAUGUAAAUAAUGUUCUAUAUACGACUUUGCAGUUAUUUUUAUCCUUUGUAACUGAUUUAGUGUUGAAGUUUGAUUUCGAUUUUAGAUUUAGAAUUGUAAUGAUACGUAUUUAAAUGAUCUAUGCAAUUUGUAUAGAAUGUAGAAACUGCAUUUAAAAAUUUUAUUGAAUAAAUUCCUAUUUUAACAU